AUGUCUGCACAUUACGCACCGCUGCCAACGCAGCAGUCAUCACGAGACGUUGAUCGUGAACUCAACGACGCCUUUGAGUCCGACGGCGAUGAUGAUGAGGAUUACAUUGAACUCUCUCCAUCUAAUCAUCCCCUCAAAAGUACGCCAGGUAGUACGACAGUUCCUGGAAUUUAUGACUUUGAGCGGAAUUACGAUUACGACCGUCCGCCCCCUGGUUCUCCCCCACAGCUUCUAGCGAUUGCUUUACCCAACGAUAUUGGCAAUUCGAACGGCGAAUUACCAACCUCUCCUUUGGGAACGACAUUACCACGACCAUCAUUCUUGCGCAGGGCAGUUGGGGCUAUCUUACCUACUCAUUAUGUCCGCAAUGAUGGAGUGUUCUCAAAUGUUGUCGUCAAACCCGCCUCCUCAGCCUCAGUGCCAAUACAAGCUGAUGAUGGCAGCAUCUACAUGGUCCCUGAGGACACGCAGAACAAUGCUCCACCCUCUUAUGCGGCAGCCCAAGCAGAUGCUGUACCCCCGUAUUGGGAUACUAUCAUACACGCUCCUUCCGGAAUGGAUAGCGAUGCUGGGAUGAUUGUCGGCGAUCUUCCCUCGGGCUCCAUCCUCGCAUUCAUUUCGAACCUCUUCGUCUCAUUUUUCUUCCAGUUCAUCGGCUUCCUCCUCACAUACCUCCUCCACACUACACACGCCGCAAAGUAUGGCUCGAGAGCAGGCCUUGGGUUAACAUUGAUCCAAUAUGGCUUUUACUCUCGUUCUGCAGCAGAUGCGAUGCAUCCCACGGCUGAUGGCAAUGGCAUUCCUGAUGUUCUCAUGCUAUCCGCCCCGCCUUCAUCUUCAUCCUUGGCUCCUAUGCCUCAGGACAAUACCAAUACCAAUACCAUUGUUCUCAACAUGUCUUCACGAGAGUGGCUAUCAUUUCUUUUGAUGACUCUCGGUUGGUUUUUGCUCCUUUCCUCUUUGGUCGGUUUCUGGCGUGUGAAGAACUGGGAAUCUGCCAUCCGUGCCUUCAAGUGCACAUGAACCCCAAUCACCUGAGGAUAUUGCUCGUGACAUCGCAGCUGAGGAGAAAUAUCGAGCAGGCGUUCGAUAUCGCACCGCUUGAAGAGAGUGAGCACACGUCUCUCGGUUCGCCCUUCGCAGCCACGCCA